CCGGCCCCGGGGGCGCGGCGGGCGGCGGGACACUGACUGCCGGCUCCGAGCUCGGGACCCCGGAGUCCCCCCACCCCAGCCUCCUCCCUGCGGGCCUCAGGAGCCGCCGGAUGCAGCAGGCUAGCUAAAGUCCAGCCGCCUGCCGGGGAGAUGCUGCAGGAGAAGGGCCUGUCGGAGAGCGAGGAGGGCUUUCGGGCCCCGGCCCCCGCGCAUGGAGAACCGGCCGCCGGGUCGCCCGCUUUGGGCGGCACCGGGCUAAGCGCCCCCCCGCUCAGUAGCCCGCAGGGCCAGGACACCGAGCAGACCAUCGAGAACAUCAAGGUAACUCUGCACGAGAAAGAGCUGUGGAAGAAGUUCCAUGAAGCGGGGACCGAGAUGAUCAUCACCAAGGCUGGAAGGAGGAUGUUCCCUAGCUACAAGGUGAAGGUUACAGGCAUGAACCCUAAGACCAAAUACAUCUUGCUGAUUGACAUUGUCCCUGCGGAUGAUCAUCGUUACAAGUUCUGUGACAACAAAUGGAUGGUGGCAGGUAAAGCCGAGCCUGCCAUGCCUGGGAGACUGUAUGUCCACCCCGACUCCCCUGCCACCGGGGCCCACUGGAUGCGGCAGCUGGUCUCCUUUCAGAAGCUGAAGCUGACCAACAACCACCUGGACCCCUUUGGUCACAUUAUCCUCAACUCCAUGCACAAGUACCAGCCGCGGCUGCACAUCGUCAAGGCUGAUGAAAACAACGCUUUUGGCUCCAAGAACACGGCUUUCUGCACUCACGUGUUCCCGGAGACCUCCUUCAUCUCGGUCACCUCGUACCAGAACCACAAGAUCACCCAGCUGAAAAUCGAGAACAACCCCUUUGCCAAGGGUUUCCGGGGCAGCGACGAUAGUGACCUACGUGUGGCUCGGCUACAGAGUAAAGAAUAUCCUGUGAUCUCCAAGAGCAUCAUGCGGCAGAGACUUGUCUCCACUCAGCUUUCCACCAAGCCGGAUGUGAGUCCCCUGCAUGGCCCCCACCAGGCCCUGCAGCACUAUCAAUAUGAGAAUGGAGCCCACAUGCAGUUUGCCACAGCUGAUGCUCAGGACCUGCCCCUCAACACCUUCCCAGCACAGAGAGACUCAGGGCUCUUCUAUCACUGCCUGAAGAGACGAGAGAGCACCCGGCACUUGGACUUGCCCUGCAAGCGCUCCUACCUGGACGCCUCCUCCUCCGUUGGAGACGAUCACUAUUUCCGCUCGCCUCCCCCCUAUGACCAACAGAUGCUGAGUCCGUCCUACUGCAGCGAGGUGACCCCCCGGGAGGCCUGUAUGUACUCGAGCUCGGGGGCCGAGAUCGCCGGGGUGUCAGCGGUGGAUGACCUCCCCCCGCCCCCCCUGAGCUGUAACAUGUGGACUUCAGUCUCCCCCUACACCAGCUACAGUGUCCAGACGAUGGAGACUGUGCCAUACCAGCCUUUCCCCACCCACUUCACUGCCACCACCAUGAUGCCCCGUCUCCCCUCCAUCACCAGCCAGAGCGCCCCGCCACCGGGAAACACCCACUUCAGCGUCUACAACCAAAUCUCGCAGGCCCCGGGCCGGGAGCGGGGGCCGCCUGCCUCCUUCCCCCGGGAGCGUGGGCUCCCGCCGGGCUGCGAGAGGAAGCCCCCGUCUCCGCACCUGAACACUGCCAAUGAAUUCCUUUAUUCCCAGAGCUUCUCCUUGUCUAGAGAAUCGUCCUUACAGUACCAUGCAGGAAUGGGAACUGUGGAGAACUGGACUGACGGAUGACUCCGAGGCCCAGGGCCCCGACAGAGAACGUCGACGAUCCAGGACAGUGUUAAUCCAGUGUUAGUACCCGUGGGUUACCGGCACUACAGAGAAACCCACACAAACGCGUGUUUCAAAGAAAGGGUGUGAGGAGGAAGGCAGUUCACUGCCCUUCUGACCCCCAGCUGAUGCCGUGUCAGGGAGACGGAACAGUGACCAAGGAAGAAACUUUAGUUCUCUGGCCUGGGCCCGUCGCUAUCUGACAGGACUCUUCCCAACACAGCCCCUCGGGGCUGCCGGGGUGGUGUACUAUUAUGAGGUUUUCAGCACAAUUCCAGUUCACUCAAGCAGACAGGUCUCCUCAUAGGUUGAAACUGUCCUAAAUCUUGGGGCACAGAGGUGCUCUUAUCUGCUGGCUUUCCGCUUCUGUUUUCUCGGGGAGCUGAGAGCCUCAAGGCAUGGGUUGGUCCCCGAUCUUUUUUUUCUAAAUCCCCGGGCUGCUGGCUGAGAGAAAGGAUGUGUGUAACAUCAGCCCAGGACUGGGGCUGGUGACACGGACUCUCACCCAGCUUUGGGCAGGCUGCUUCCUCUCUCAUCAUCUUGGGGAAAGAAUUCCCACCUUCCCUGAGGUCUGAGGAGGAAGAGGAAGGGAGAUCCUCAACUGGGCAGGGCCACGGACGUGCAAAGUGCCAUGUGAUGCCAAUUAUUCUUAUAGAGUAUUGUCAUCAACUAGUCAGUCAGCAGGGAAAAGCACGUGACCCAUUGCCCCUCUUGUCAGUGAUCUUGGCUGUGGCCUCAAUCCCUCCGAAAUCUAUGGUUUCCAUCUGCCUCCCAGAAUUAAAACCAAUCUAGCCGAGCAGGGCAGCUGGGAAGCCAUUAUGGAUCGACUUUCAGGCAUUUCUCGAAGCGGGGUCGACCUCCGAGAGAUUUCCCGCUUGGAAGGAAGCAGACCCAUAGCAGUAAAUCGGGAAUUGAGAAAACACUAGCUCCUUCAGAAGAAUCCAUUCCAGGGAGCUCAGCGAACCCCAAACCCGAAUUUCUCUGACAGAGUCCUUCAGAGGACUUUGCCACAGAGGCUAUUUUCAACUGAAUCUGCCAUACUGAAAGUCGCCAGACUCCGUGGGUGACUAGUGUGGACUGUAAUUACAUUUGGGAAAUCACUACAAACUUUGCAUGCUGAAUAGCUAUUUAUAUAUAUAUUAUAUAAAUAUAUAUCACAAAUGCAGGCCACAUGUCCAAUUCAGCUUUGCUUUUACAAGUGAAAAUACUUAAUAAAAUGAAUGUUGCAAGGGUUUUGGAGAGGCAUCUAUUUAAGAUUUUUUUAUUACACAUUUUGAUGUAAAAACUAAGAAUUGGUUAGAUAAAACAUAUAUAUAAAUAUAUAUAUACUACAGAUCAAUCUAUUAGAAACCACAUUAGAUACAGGUGGUGAACUUUAUGUGUUGUUACAUAGCAUGGACAUUUUAUUUUAUGUAUCAGAACAUAAAGCCAUUUUACAACUC